CUUGCCCACUGUCAAAUAAUGGCGGAUGAAUAAAAAAUUGUUGCUGUUAGUGCUUGGAAAUCCAAAUUUAUGAACUCUCUAAAACUUAGUAAUUCUAUAAGAAAGUUUGUGAAUUAGUGCUUGUUUUGUUAAAGGAUUAUUUCCAACUCAAAAUGUCUCGUUCCGUACGCGCCGAAACGAGAAAUCGUGUUAAAGAUGACAUCAAAAGGGUCAUGCAAGCUGUUGAAAAAGUUCGCCAUUGGGAGAAAAAAUGGGUGACGAUUGGGGAGACUACGAUGAAAAUUUACAAAUGGGUACCUAUUUCGACGAAUGAACAGAAGAAGAAACAUGCUGCAAAACGAGAAAACAAGGAGAACACACUGACGCCGAAGAAAACACAUGACUCUUCCAACUCAAAUUCUAACUUUGGUAUGGCCGAGGACUCCAACACUUGUUUCUCAACAGUGAGUGACUCACAAGGUCCUACAGAGUUCUCCUCCACACACAUGAAUUUCUCUGAAGACUCCAACUCGCAGAGUAGUGGCACCACAACACCAGCAAAACGGUUAAAAACUGACUGAGGCAAAAUUAUGAAAUAAAACCCUUGACAAACUUGCUGUAUGGACACCUGAGGGUUUUGGACAAUUAUUAUAAAUUGUGUUAUUCAUGACAGAGUUUUAUGCGGUGUGAUGUGAAUUUUAUUUAUAAGCUUGCAUUUAGAAAAUGACUGGCAACAGUCGUGCUGAUCUUAAAGGUUUUGCUGAGAUCAGGUUAUGGCGAGUAUUUGCAUCCAAAAUUAAUAACAUUACGGUGUACAUGUAUGUGGUCGGUAUGGCAAAUGGUCUAAAGUUACAAUCCUUGUUACAGAAUUAUUGUAAGAAGGAUUAUCUAAUGCUCGUAAAUAACAACUAUUGUAUUUGAUUUGGAAAUGAAACUAUUUUUUAGAUCAAAAUCUCUUAUAUUUGUUCUUUCAAAAGUAAUCAAUGUUUCGGGCUCUUGGGGGUCCCAUAGUCAAGGGCAACUGAGUCAGAUGAAAAAAUAGUUUCAUUUGAAAAUCAAUCAUAAAAUGAUUUUUCCACAAUUUUAUCACAAAGCCGUUAAUGUAAAGAGAAAAGUAAAAAAAUAUAAAUGUAUAUUUGCAACUGUUAGUACAAUCUUGGUAGCAUUGAGACAGAAUGAAACAAAAUAUUAUUAUAAAGCACUUAUUCUAAUUUUUAUGACAUGAAAAAAAGUGAUUUUAUAUUUUACAACCAAUUUUUCAAUGUUAAAUUCGUAUUGCACAAAUAUUUAAAAUAUUGCAUGACUUGAGCAAGAACCUUGUUUGUCUGUGAUGGAGUACAGCAUUUUCAUUUUAAUAUAUGUGAUUAGUUUUUAUGACUGUGUGCUUCAGAAUAUGUACUGUUAUAUAACAAGUGACUUACCUUUGGUAUUGUAAAUAUUCAUAAAUUUGUACAGCCAGCAUUACAAAAACGAAAACCUACACAAACAUAAUGAAUGUUGUGGUGGGUCAGUUUUGUGAGCUGCUGACUGUAUGCAAACGAGAGAUUUUAGCCUAAUACUUGCAUUAGUAAUUGUAAUUUUAACAGCAAUAAGGAGUGUGAAUUUUAUAUUGUGUAUACUGCGUCAGACCCUUAAUUCCGUUGGAUAUUUUUAUCAUUUUGUAACGGAAAUUGCACGGACAAUAGCGCAUCAGACUACACAUUUUUGUUCGAAAAUCGCCUUCAGUGCAACGGAACAAGAUACGUCAUUGUGUAGCUUGAUCUGCUGUUGACUGUACAUGGCAUUAUAAACUUUUCAAUUGUGUAACAUUCAAAACUAGAUAUGAUGCGAGAUAACUAUAAGCGAGAUAUGCUGAG